GUAGCGUAGGAGUCUGUUGAUAUCCGUGCCCCUUCGACACUUCCCUUUUACAACACUACACUGCACUACGUUUUCCUGCUUGGUUUCUCUUGCUUCCUCGUUUUGAUCGGUCAUUUCUUUCUCUGCUUCUUUCACAAAUUGAAGAAAAACAAACACUUUCGCUUUCUCUCUCCUUUUCUCUGACAGUAAUGGCAGUGGCAGUGCAAGAUAAAAGGGAGGUAGAGAAUUGAGUUUUUAUCGGGAAGGUAACGUUUGUGGUCACUGCCUCAGAGAUCACCCUAAUAUUUGCUUUCAUUUUACCCUCUAUCAACCCACCACCAACCUCUGCUGCUUUCUCUCUCUCUCUCUUGUGCAAUCUGCUCUUCCUCCCUCGUUUAAAGACCAGAAAUCCAGCAAGAAAAAAACACCCAUUUUCCAAAGGAAAUCUUUGCAGUCUUUUUUCUGCAGACAGAUUCUACCUCUCUCUUGCCAAGAUUGAACAAAAUCCUUCACAAGAACACAACAAAAUACUGACUCCUUUUCUGCUUCUUGCUGCUGCUCUCAUUAUUUAGGAUUUCCCUGUAAUACGUGUGUUCUUUGUAUAGCAUAAAUCCCGGGAGAGCACUGCACAAUACUAAUACCACACCCCACUUUUUGAGCAAAAGAAAAUAAGAUUUUGCCUAGGUUGGUGAGAAGACAAGAAACAGGGAGAGGGAGAGGGAGAGGGAGAGAGAGUGUUAAAUUUUAGUACUGCUAUUACUACAUCUACACAAGUUGCUACUACCAAGUUGCAAGGCACACAAGAGAACAACUAGGAAAAAGAUAAGAUAGUAAGUGAGAGAGAGAGAGAUAAUGGAGGGAGGUGGUGCUGGUUGUUCAAGUACCCCUUCACUUAUGAUGACUUUUGGAGACGGCAGUAAUGGACUGUGCCCUAUGAUGAUGAUGCCGCUAAUGUCUUCUUCAUCUUCUGCUCAUCAGCAUCACCAUCAGCAACAACAUGUUAAUGCGGGGGAUUCAUCAAUAUCAAAUACCUUAUUCCUUCCUCUACCUCCUACCAACUAUCAAAGUCAAAACCGUAUUAAUAAUAGCGCUAGUGGCUCUUCUAUGAUUCUUGACGAUCACAACCACAACAACAACACUGUCACUGCGACUGGGUGUUAUUUCAUGGAGAACAAUGAUGGUGGUAGUAGUUCUACUUCUGUAAAGGCUAAAAUUAUGGCUCAUCCUCACUACCAUCGGCUCUUGGCUGCCUAUGCUAAUUGUCAAAAGGUUGGAGCACCACCUGAAGUCGUGGCUAGACUUGAAGAAGCUUGUGCAUCUGCUGCCUCAAUGGGCCCUGCAAAUACAGACGGCAUCGGUGAAGAUCCAGCCCUUGACCAAUUCAUGGAGGCCUACUGUGAGAUGCUGACCAAGUAUGAGCAAGAACUCUCUAAGCCCUUGAAGGAAGCCAUGGUUUUUCUUCAGAGGGUCGAAUGCCAAUUCAGAGCCCUCACUCUUUCCUCUCCAAAUUCUGCUUGGGGCGAGGGCAAUGAUAGGAAUGCAUCAUCCGAAGAAGAGCUUGAUGUGAAUAACAAAUUCAUAGAUCCUCAAGCAGAAGAUCAAGAAUUGAAAGGUCAGCUACUACGCAAGUACAGUGGAUAUUUAGGCGGUCUCAAGAAGGAGUUCAUGAAAAAGAGAAAGAAAGGGAAGUUGCCCAAAGAAGCGAGGCAGCAGCUGCUGGAUUGGUGGAGCAGGCAUCACAAAUGGCCAUAUCCAUCGGAGUCACAGAAGCUGGCCCUCGCAGAGUCCACUGGUCUGGAUCAGAAGCAGAUAAACAACUGGUUCAUUAACCAAAGGAAACGCCACUGGAAACCAUCAGAAGACAUGCAGUUUGUGGUGAUGGAUGCCGGCCAUCCUCAUUAUUACAUGGAUAAUGUUUUGGGCAAUCCUUUCCCGAUGGACAUCUCUCACACACUGCUUUGAAGAUCAUCAUGAUACGUGACUGAUCAUCACUCCACUUGACAUGCCUAUGUAUGCUGUGUACUGGCAUGCAUACGGAGGCUAUCUAAUGUAACCGCAUGUUGUUAAACCUGACCUCGUCUUUAUCUAUAUCCAGUAUAGCAUGUUUCUUUUUCUAGACGGGAGUGUGUCGUUAAGCAGAUGCCUAGUUCCUGCUAGGUUAAGACUUGCAGUGCAUAAAAAAAUGCCAAAUUUAAUUUUAAUUUUUCUGGGGGUUACA